UCCCGAUUGGCCGGCAGCGCGCCAAUAAGCGCCGCUGUUGCUCGGCAGCUAUCACGUUGCAGACGUUUUAUAUUAGGGUGGUGUGCACGGCGCUCUCGUGGACAGAGCAGCUCUUGAACGAGAGCUCCUUGGCUGUUCUUCUUCCAACUUUGUGUGUCUACUCUUUGGUUGUUGCCGUCACCAACUGAGAAGAAACCAGAAGAACCAUGCCACGCGUCGUGAAGCAGGAGGGUGAAGACCCCGAUCCGACCCCGUACCUGUUUGUGUCCCUCGAACAGAAGCGUAUCGACCAGACCAAGCCUUACGAUGCGAAGAAGGCUUGCUGGGUCGCCGACGAUAAGGAUGGUUAUCUCCUCGGCGAGAUCAAGUCCACCAAGGGCGAUAUGGUCGUUGUCGGCCUGCCCGGUGGUGAGGAGAAGUCCCUGAAGAAGGAGCUGCUGCAGCAGGUCAACCCACCCAAGUACGAGAAGGCUGAGGAUAUGUCCAACUUGACAUACCUCAACGACGCGUCUGUCUUGCACAAUCUUAAGCAGCGUUACUACGCCCAGCUUAUCUACACCUACUCCGGCCUUUUCUGCGUUGCCAUCAACCCCUACAAGCGCUUCCCCGUGUACACCAACCGUUGCGCUAAGAUGUACCGUGGUAAGAGGCGUAAUGAGGUGCCACCCCACAUUUUCGCCAUUUCUGACGGUGCCUACGUCAACAUGUUGACCAACCGUGAAAACCAGUCUAUGUUGAUCACAGGAGAGUCUGGUGCCGGAAAGACUGAGAACACAAAGAAAGUAAUUGCCUACUUCGCCACUGUUGGUGCCAAUGAGAAGAAGAGUGAGGCCCAAGAGAAGAAGGGCUCUCUUGAGGACCAGGUUGUGCAGACCAACCCCGUACUGGAGGCUUUCGGUAACGCUAAGACAGUGCGUAACGACAACUCCUCCCGUUUCGGCAAGUUCAUCCGUAUCCACUUCGGUCCCGCUGGAAAGCUGGCCGGUGCCGAUAUUGAGACUUACCUGCUCGAGAAGGCUCGUGUCAUCUCCCAACAGUCUCUGGAGCGCUCUUACCACAUUUUCUACCAGAUGAUGUCUGGCGCCGUUCCUGGAUUGAAGGAUCUCUGUUUGUUGAGUGACAACAUUUACGAUUACUACAACGUGUCCCAGGGUAAAAUUACCAUUCCUAGCAUGGAUGACGGCGAGGAAAGUCAGCUCACCGACGAAGCCUUCAACGUUCUGGGUUUCACCCAGGAGGAGAAGGACAACAUUUACAAGAUCACCGCCACUGUCAUGCACAUGGGUGGCAUGAAGUUCAAGCAGAGAGGUCGCGAGGAGCAGGCUGAAGCCGACGGCAUGGCCGAAGGUGAGCGCGUUGCCAAGCUUUUGGGCUGCGAUUGCGCUGAUAUGUACAAGAACUUGCUGAAGCCCCGCAUCAAGGUCGGUAACGAGUUCGUGACCCAGGGUCGUAACAAGGAUCAGGUUACCAACUCCGUCGGUGCCAUUUGCAAGUCCGUGUUUGACAGGCUGUUCAAGUGGCUCGUCAAGAAGUGUAACGAGACCCUGGACACCAAGCAGAAGAGACAGCACUUCAUUGGUGUGCUUGAUAUUGCCGGCUUUGAAAUCUUCGACUACAACGGAUUUGAGCAAAUCUGUAUUAACUUCACUAACGAGAAGCUUCAGCAGUUCUUUAAUCACCACAUGUUUGUGCUGGAACAAGAGGAGUACAAGAAAGAGGGCAUCAAUUGGGCAUUCAUUGAUUUCGGAAUGGAUUUGCUCAUGUGUAUAGAACUGAUUGAGAAGCCUCUGGGUAUCCUCUCCAUCCUUGAGGAAGAGUCUAUGUUCCCCAAGGCUACUGAUCAGACCUUCUUGGAAAAGUUGCGUACUCAGCAUUUGGGCAAGUCUCCCAACUUCCAGAAGCCCAAGCCUCCCAAGCCCGGCCAGGUUGAGGCCCACUUCGCCAUCGUGCACUACGCCGGCACUGUCGCUUACAACUUGACUGGCUGGCUUGAGAAGAACAAGGAUCCCCUUAACGACACUGUCGUCGACCAGUUCAAGAAGUCAUCAAACAAGUUGCUGAUCGAGAUCUUCGCUGACCACCCUGGACAGUCUGGUGGUGUUGAUCCCAGUGGCGGUGGUGGCAAGGGUGGCCGCGGUAAGAAGGGCGGUGGUUUCGCCACUGUGUCUUCCUCUUACAAGGAGCAGCUGAACAACCUGAUGACCACCCUGAAGAGCACCCAGCCUCACUUUGUCCGUUGCAUCAUCCCCAACGAGAUGAAGCAGCCUGGUGUGAUCGACUCUCACUUGGUUAUGCACCAGCUGACUUGUAACGGUGUACUUGAGGGUAUCCGUAUUUGCCGUAAGGGCUUCCCCAACAGGAUGGUGUACCCUGACUUCAAGCUCCGUUACAUGAUCCUCGCCCCCGCCAUCAUGCAGGCUGAGUCUGACCCCAAGGUCGCUGCCGCUAAAUGCUUGGAGUCUGUCGAGCUGGACCCCGAGAGCUACCGUAUUGGUCACACUAAGGUCUUCUUCCGUGCCGGUGUCCUGGGUACCAUGGAGGAGUUGCGUGAUGACCGCCUUGGCAAGAUCGUUGCCUGGAUGCAGGCUUACAUGCGCGGUUAUCUGGCCCGCAAGGAGUUCAAGAAACUGCAGGACCAGAGGAUUGCCCUCCAGGUUGUCCAGCGCAACUUGCGCAAGUACCUGCAGCUCCGCACCUGGCCCUGGUGGAAGAUGUGGCAGAAGGUCAGGCCCAUGCUCAACGUCACUCGCGUCGAGGACGAAAUCGCCAAACUCGAGGAGAAGGCUGCCAAGGCUCAGGAGGCCUUCGAGAAGGAAGAGAAGGCCCACAAGGAGCUCCAGGCUGCCUUUGCCAAGCUUCAGCAGGAGAAGAACGAGCUCACUGCCAACCUCGAGGGUGAGAAGGGCAACCUCGCCGACUUCCACGAGAAGGCCAACAAGCUCAAGGCCCAGAAGGCUGAUCUUGAGGCUCAGCUCAACGACACCCAGGAGCGUCUGCAGCAGGAGGAGGAUGCCCGCAACCAGCUCUUCCAGUCCAAGAAGAAGUUGGAGCAGGAGAUCUCCGGCCUGAAGAAGGAUGUUGAAGAUCUCGAGCUCGCUGUCCAGAAGUCCGAGCAGGACAAGGCCACCAAGGACCACCAGAUCCGCAACCUCAACGAUGAGAUCGCCCACCAGGAUGAGCUCAUCAACAAGCUCAACAAGGAGAAGAAGCUUUCGGGUGAGACCAGCCAGAAGACGGCCGAGGAAUUGCAGGCCUCUGAGGACAAGGUUAACCACCUGAACAAGGUUAAGGCUAAGCUGGAGCAGACCCUUGACGAGCUUGAGGACUCUCUGGAGCGCGAGAAGAAGCUGCGCGGUGACAUCGAGAAGACCAAGAGGAAGGUUGAGGGUGACCUCAAACUGACUCAGGAGGCUGUUGCUGAUCUGGAGCGCAACAAGAAGGAGCUUGAGCAGACCAUCCAGCGCAAGGACAAGGAGAUCUCAUCCGUGACUGCCAAGCUUGAGGACGAACAGUCGCUCGUUUCCAAACUGAAUAAGCAGAUCAAGGAGCUGCAAUCCCGCAUCGAGGAGCUCGAGGAGGAGGUUGAGGCUGAGCGCCAGUCUCGCUCCAAGGCCGAGAAGCAGCGUGCUGACCUCGCCCGCGAACUUGAGGAGAUCGGCGAGCGUCUGGAGGAGGCUGGCGGUGCCACUUCUGCCCAGAUUGAGCUCAACAAGAAGCGCGAGGCUGAGCUGGCUAAGCUCCGCCGCGACCUCGAGGAGUCCAACAUCCAGCACGAGGCUACCCUCGCUAACCUGCGCAAGAAGCACAACGAUGCCGUCGCCGAGAUGGGAGAGCAGAUCGACCAGCUCAACAAGCUCAAGGCCAAGGCUGAGCACGACCGCUCCUCUGCCUACAAUGAGCUGAACCAGACUCGCGGAGCCAUUGAUGGUCUUGCCCGCGAAAAGGCCGCUGCUGAGAAGAUCGCCAAGCAGCUGCAGCACAACAUCAACGAGAUCCAGUCUAAGCUGGAUGAGUCCAACCGCACCCUCAACGACUUCGAUGCCGCCAAGAAGAAGUUGAGCGUUGAGAACUCCGACCUUCUCCGCCAGUUGGAAGAGGCCGAGUCUCAGGUUUCUCAGCUUAGCAAGAUCAAGAUCUCCCUCACCACCCAGCUCGAGGACACCAAGCGCAUGGCUGAUGAGGAAUCUCGCGAACGUGCCACCCUUCUUGGCAAGUUCCGCAAUCUGGAGCACGAUCUGGACAACAUCCGCGAACAGAUGGAGGAGGAGGCCGAGGGUAAGGCUGACAUCCAGCGCCAGCUUUCCAAGGCCAACGCUGAGGCUCAGCUGUGGCGUUCCAAGUACGAGUCUGAGGGCGUAGCCCGCGCCGAGGAGCUCGAGGAGUCCAAGCGCAAGCUGCAGGCCCGCCUCGCCGAGGCUGAGGAGACCAUCGAGUCCCUGAACCAGAAGGUUGUGGCCCUGGAGAAGACCCGCCAGCGCCUCAGCACUGAGGUCGAGGAUCUCACUUUGGAGGUCGAUCGCGCUCACCUGAUCGCCAACGCAGCCGAGAAGAAGCAGAAGCACUUCGACAAGAUCAUCGGCGAAUGGAAGCUCAAGGUCGACGACCUGGCCGCUGAGCUGGAUGCCUCCCAGAAGGAGUGCCGCAACUACUCCACCGAGCUGUUCCGUCUUAAGGGUGCCUACGAUGAGGGCCAGGAGCAGCUUGAGGCUGUGCGCCGUGAGAACAAGAACUUGGCUGAUGAGGUCAAGGACUUGCUCGACCAGAUCGGCGAGGGUGGCCGCAACAUCCACGAGAUUGAAAAGUCUCGCAAGCGCCUGGAAGUCGAAAAGGACGAGCUCCAGGCUGCUCUUGAGGAGGCUGAGGCCGCCCUCGAGCAGGAGGAGAACAAGGUGCUGCGUGCUCAGCUUGAGCUCAGCCAGGUGCGCCAGGAGAUCGACCGCCGCAUCCAGGAGAAGGAAGAGGAGUUUGAGAACACCCGCAAGAACCACCAGCGCGCCCUCGACUCCAUGCAGGCCUCACUCGAGGCUGAGGCCAAGGGCAAGGCUGAGGCCCUGCGCAUGAAGAAGAAGCUCGAGGCUGACAUCAACGAGCUCGAGAUCGCUCUCGACCACGCCAACAAGGCCAACGCUGAGAGCCAGAAGAACAUCAAGCGUUACCAGCAGCAGAUCAAGGAGAUCCAGACCUCUCUUGAGGAGGAACAGCGUGCCCGUGACGAGGCCCGCGAACAGUACGGCAUUGCUGAGCGCCGCGCCAACGCUCUGCAGAACGAACUCGAGGAGUCCCGCACUCUUCUGGAGCAGGCCGACCGCGGCCGCCGCCAGGCUGAACAGGAGCUCAGCGACGCCCACGAGCAGCUCAACGAGCUCGGCGGACAGAACCAGAGCAUCUCCGCUGCCAAGAGGAAGCUCGAGAGCGAGCUCUCCACUCUUCACUCUGACCUGGAUGAGCUCCUCAACGAAGCCAAGAGCUCCGAGGAGAAGGCCAAGAAGGCCAUGGUUGACGCCGCCCGCCUUGCUGAUGAGCUGCGCGCUGAGCAGGAGCACGCCCAGACCCAGGAGAAGCUCCGCAAGGCUCUUGAAGUUCAGAUCAAGGAACUGCAGGUCAGACUGGACGAGGCUGAGAACAGCGCCCUUAAGGGUGGAAAGAAGGCUAUCCAGAAGCUGGAACAGAGGGUACGCGAGCUCGAGAACGAGCUUGACGGAGAACAGCGCCGCCACGCCGAUGCCCAGAAGAACCUCCGCAAGUCUGAGCGCCGCAUUAAGGAGCUCAGCUUCCAGAGCGAGGAGGACCGCAAGAACCACGAGAGGAUGCAGGAUCUCGUUGACAAGCUCCAACAGAAGAUCAAGACGUACAAGCGACAGAUUGAAGAGGCUGAGGAGAUUGCUGCACUGAACCUUGCCAAGUUCCGUAAGGCACAGCAAGAGCUUGAAGAGGCUGAGGAGCGUGCCGACCUCUCUGAACAAGCCAUUGCCAAGUUCCGCGCGAAGGGCCGCUCCGGGUCUGCCGCCCGCGCCCUUAGCCCAGUGCCAUCAGCCGGCAAGCAGCUUCCCAAGAAGUUGAUUGAAUAGGCCACUUUCCAAUUUAUCCAAACAAAUUCUCACUUCCUCAUCUCCCCACGCAAAUCGCGCCCCCCACCGACCAGCGGUACCCUUUGAGGGAGGAGUUUUACCACCAAGAUUCGACCUCCAUCCUGAGGGAGAAUACUAAGCAACGAUAAAAAUCAAAGGCCACAACUCAUAAUUCGACAUAAAUGUUGAGCGAGUUUUAUUACUUAAAACCCGCUCAAAACUUUGUCAACACAAAAACACACCAUCAAGCGAAUCCUUUGUAAAGCGCACCUUAAUAUAUGUUGUUUGUGCAUCGUUUAAUAAGUUAAAAUAAUUUAAUUAUUAAAAUGUAACUUUCUCUUCCCUUAUUCGCACGUGGCAAAAUUCAUGGGGGGUAGUUGAAAAUGGGGGGCUUUGGAGGAGAGACAAAGCAGUGUCUCCGGUUCAAUGGGUGUUUGCAUUUAACAUCUCACAAGUCAACGACGGCAAAUUUCGAACAAACAAAUAUAUAGACACACAAAGGCUGAAUUCCAUCAUACACAAGAACAGUCCCAAGUGAGCUACCGCAUUGCUCUGCCUCUCCCAGAAGAACAACGGCUACGUUUUUUGUGAAAUAUAUUUUGAAUUUGAAUAAAAUAUAUUCUUCAUUCAA